AUGCCCAAGUUCUACUGCGAGUAUUGCGACAUUUACCUCACCCACUCCUCCCCUGCUGGCCGGCGGCAGCACGCAAGCGGCCGUCGCCAUAUUAACCAGAAAGUUGAAUACUUUCAGAAUCUGCUGCGAGAAAGCACCUUCCAGGCGCCGGCGUUCAUAGACCAUGCAGUUGCGAUGCGUGCAAUUCAAAUCGUGGCGAAUACUCCCCCUGGUGAAGUAAUGUCGACUCAUAUGGGCAACUGCACAAAAAUACGAGAGCCCCGAGGCAGACCUCGCAGGGAUAUGGGAGGAGGCCCCCCUCGACCCCCUUUUGAUGGCGAUGAAAGGGGGCCCCCACGCUUCCCCCCUCCAGGGGCCCCCAUGGGUGGUAUGGGGCCCCCACGUAUGGGAGCGGGGGGACCGCCCCCCAUGAGGCCCCCCAUGGGCAUGCCUAUGGGAGGCCCCCCCAUGGGUAUGGGUAUGCCGAUGGGGGGCCCCCCUCCGCCUUUCAUGGGGGGAAGAUAG